AUGGCAACUCUUACAGUGGCCUCGCGGGCUAAUGCUGCCCUUGCACUCCCCACUGUGUUAAGUGCAGCUUAUGCAAAGCAUCACGGGCUGCAAGUGAGCAUUGUCUUCGAGGAUGUGGUCUCAUUGAAUUCACAGAAUAGUCUGGAUCUUGUUACAGCUGAUGGCGACUGUAUAGCAGAUGAAGCAAUUCUGGACUUCUUCAACAAGGCCAUGAAAGCUUCCUUUUACGGGAAGCAAAUUGAGGUGGAUGAAUGGCUCAAGCGAUCUGCUUCCUUUGUUCUUGAUAAUUACAAGGCGUUGUGUAGCCCAAUGAAGGAACUCGAAUCACAUCUGACCUUGCGCUCCUACAUUGUUGGGUACUCCCUCACCCUAGCCGAUAUUAUCAUCUGGGGAACGCUCCGCGGCAACCCUACAAUUGUCGGGCUCCGACGGAGUAGCCUCAAUAUCUCCCGAUGGUUUUCCUUUAUCGAGGACACCAAUCCUUGGAUAACGGAGGCCGUGGCCGGGUUUCAAAGCCAUGCACGACAAAGAAAAGCUGCAGCAAGCGCGGCAGGUGCGAAUUAUAAUAUUGGCUUGACCAACACGGAGAAUGGGAUCGUUUGUCGCUUUCCUCCAGAGCCGUCAGGGUAUCUGCAUAUCGGCCAUGCAAAGGCGGCGUUGCUGAACUCUUAUUUUGCCCAUGAAUACGGGGCCAGAAGAGGUAUCCUAAUCUGUCGGUUUGAUGACACAACCCCUUCGAAAGAAUCCCAGGAGUUCCAAGAUUCAAUUCUGCACGCCCUUUCGCUCCUCGGUGUUGUACCAGAUCGCAUUUCAUAUUCCAGCGAUUACUUCCAGCAAAUGUACGAGGCGUGCGUGACGCUUAUUAAAGCCGGGAAGGCUUACGCCGACAAUACAGCCCUGGAGGUGAUGCGCGAUCAGAGAGGGAAGGGCAUCGCAAGUUCAUGUCGCACCAUGACAGUGGUGCAUUCGUGCGAAAUAUCGAUAGAUGAUGUGAACAAGGCGUUACGAGAUCCCGUCAUCUAUCGCUGCAACCACCAGCCGCACCAUCGUACAGGAACAGCUUGGAAGAUUUAUCCAACUUACGAUUUUUGCGCCCCGUUUCUGGACUCGAUUGAGCAGGUCACGCAUGCGUUGAGGACAAAUGAGUACCGUGACCGGAAUGCUCAAUAUCACUGGAUGCAAGACGCGUUGGGUCUGCGACGGGUCCAGAUCUGGGACUUCUCAAGGCUAAACUUUGUCCGGACUGUUCUGUCCAAACGAAAGCUAACUAAGAUUGUGGAGAGCGGCGCUGUUUGGGGUUGGGAUGAUCCCCGCAUGCCCACGGUCCGUGGGAUUCGUCGGAGAGGCUGCACAAUACCGGCACUGCGACAGUUCAUCCUAAAACAAGGUCCGAGCCAGAAUAUCGUCAACAUGGAUUGGACCAGCCUCUGGGCAAUAAAUAAGAAACAUAUCGAUCCGAUAGCAGCUCGUUACGCCGCCAUCCCAAAGGCGAAGGCUGUAAGUGCAUGGGUAGAUGGAAUCGACGCUAAUAGCAUCGCUGAAAUCCCCAAACACAAGAACCAGGAGUUGGGAACGAAGAAAAUUGUCUUCAGCAGGGAUAUACUCCUUAGUCAAGACGACGCCCGUCUUUUAAAGGAGCGUGAGGUGAUCACUCUGAUGAACUGGGGAAACGCAACUAUUACCAAGAUAUCCACGGACCCUCAAACGGGCGAUGUCUCACUCCUGCAGCUGAAGCUAGAUCUACAAUCGGACGUAAAGAACACCGAGAAGAAGAUCACUUGGCUGGCCAAAGAGACUUCAAACAUGGUUCCUGUUGAGCUGUAUGCUUUCGACUACCUCAUCACAAAGGAAAAGCUCGACAAGGAAGAAGACGUUGCAUCUUGCCUGACAAGCCCAAGUAGAACACGAACAGAGGCUUGGGCAGAUUGCAAUGUCAUGGAUCUUUGCGAGGACGACAUAAUACAGUUCGAUCGAACUGGCUAUUUCCGAGUCGACCGACCAUGCUGCGAUGGUCAGCCGGCGAUCAUGUUCAACAUUCCCACAGGAAGAUAA